AUGGCUAAGUUAGACAUCAAAAUCCCUGACAUGAAGCUGCCAGAUGGCAAUAAGAUACCAUUCAUCGGAUACGGUUUGGGCACGGCAUGGUACAAGUCCAAAGCGGAUGCUCCCAAGGAUCAAGCAACAAUCGAUGCCACGGAAACCGCCAUCAAGGUCGGCUAUAGACAUAUCGAUGGAGCCGAAGUCUAUAACACGGAAGUGGAACUGGGCGAAGCAGUCAAAAAGAGCAAAAUCCCCCGCGAUCAGCUCUUCAUCACCACCAAAGUCAUCACCCAUAUCGACGAUAUUCCUGGUGCCAUUGACCGGAGCUUGAAGAAGAUGGGUCUUGAUUACGUUGACCUGUACCUCAUCCAUGCGCCCUUCUUCGCCAAAGGGGAUGACAAGGUGCUGCAGCAAAAGUGGGCGCAAAUGGAAGAGGUUGCAGCUUCGGGCAAGGCCAAAAGUAUUGGGGUCAGCAACUUCCUCAAGCCUCACCUGGAUGCUAUUCUUCAGACAUGCAAAGUUCGACCGGCUAUGAACCAGAUUGAAUUCCACCCGUACCUACAGCACGGAGACCUGCUCGCUUAUCACAAGAAUAAAGAUAUUCGCGUUGCAGCCUAUGGCCCUCUUACGCCGAUCACCAAGGCACAGGGAGGCCCGAUCGAUGGCUUGUUGGAAUCAUUGGCCAAGAAAUAUGCCGUUAACCCUGGUGAAAUAUUGUUGAGAUGGUGUAUUGACCAGAAUGUUCUGCCCAUCACCACUAGCUCCAAGGAACAACGGAUGAGCGACAUGCUGCGAGUCUUUACCUUUGAGUUGACCCCAAAGGAAGUCGAGGAGAUUUCAGUGGAGGGGAACAAGAAGCAUUUUAGAGCAUUCUGGGGCCACGAGUUUGACGCGAAUGACCGGUCAUGA